AGGAUAUACGUGUAGCGACAAUGGCAGCUCCCAGUAGGAAACAGACGUUAAGAUUUCUCAGUCAGUUUGGAGCGUUUAUUUUAACCCGGUUCGGAUUUUGGAACUGCUUCAGUAUGUUGAUGCUGUUUGCGGAACGAGCGGACUCGAAAAGGAAGCCGGACAUCCAUAUACCAUACCUGUAUGUGGACAUGGGGGCUGCCGUACUCUGCGCCAGCUUCAUGUCAUUUGGGGUGAAGAGGAGGUGGUUCGCAAUGGCUGCCGCCGUACAACUGGCUCUCAGCACUUACGCAUCGUAUGUUGGAGAACAGGUGUACUAUGGAGACUGGCUUAAGGUACGAAUGUAUUCCAGAGCGCUGGCCAUUAUCGGAGGCUUCCUGGUCCUGGCCAGCGGGGCGGGGGAGGUGUACAGACAGAAACCUCGCAGCAGAUCCCUGCAGUCCACUGGACAGGUUUUCCUGGGAGUCUACCUCAUCUGCGUGGUGUACUCCCUCCAGCACAGCAAAGAGGACCGGCAGGCCUACCUGAACCACAUCGUGGGAGGAGAGAUCACCCUGAUGCUGCUGGAGGUGCUGUUUGGGGUGCUGGCUCUGGCCUUCCUCUCUGGCUGCUACAUCCGCCUGGCGGCGCAGAUCCUGGCCACCGUCCUGCCUCUGGUGAUCCUGCUCAUCGACGGCAACCUGGGCUACUGGCACCACACGCGCAAGGUGGAGUUCUGGAACCAGAUGAAGCUGAUCGGACACAACGUGGGCAUCUUCGGCGCGGUGCUGAUCCUGGCUACCGACGGCUGAACCCUCGGGCUCUCACAGACAGGUGUUACAGGCCGAGGCGUCUGCGCAGGACGAGGCUGUUGACCUUUACGUCGCAGCCGACCGUCCUGAAAGCGGUCGCCGCUCAGUGACCUCUCAGGAUUCAAACACUCCACGCUGAGACUGUUGGAUGUAAGCAGCGUCGAUUGUCUUUGCCUGCCAUUUGGUAACUUUGCUUUUGCGGGAAAAAGAAAAACAGAAGCUUCCUUUUUUGCAAUUUAAUAAUUUAUUCAGAUUCAUGUUUAUUUUUGUCUCUGUAAUGCUCUGAAACAUGACACUGAGUUUUAGUACUGUGUAUUGACAGGGAAAAGACCCUUUACUCCCAAAGUCUAUAAUGGUUUGAUGUUUUACAGGAUAUGGUUUAAAUGUUUCACAAAUAAAGGGAAACUUAAAAUUUAACCUAUGCUGUAUUGAAAUGGGCGGGCUAUAGUUAUGGCCAUUUGGUAAUAAACACUUUUGUUGCUUUUAACUUGAGCAUUCAUGUGAAUUUCAUGAAUUGAAUAAGCACAGCUUUUGUAUCCUCUGUGUAAAUACUGUUUACACUUUAUAAGUAAUUACUUAAUUUAGUUACAGUGCACAAAAUGCUGAAGGUUCUGGUCCACGUUUGAGUAAUUUGAUCAUUAAAAGUUAUUUUCUCUGAAUUGUGCUAAUUGUAUUUAUACUGCAAUAACUGUUUAUUUUGAUAUCUAUGACCACCUCAUAUUUUCAUGAGACGAACAGUGUUGCCUAGGAUGAACGCCUGAAUGCAGCUUAAUUAAAUUGGAUUCAUAAAUCAUAUCUAUGAUUAUACACUCAGUUGCCAGUUUAUUAGGUACACCUCGCUAAAACUAGUGCAGUCUAAUACAACAGUCCUGCAAUAAAUCCACCUUCUCUGCAGGAUGUAGUUUGUGGGAUGUUGAACUGUACUGUGUUCUACUGACAGUUUCUGUUAUUGAGCCUGGACUCAUUGAUAUAAAUGAGGUGGACAAAAUGUUAAAGACACUUGUCAGAAAAAAACAAUGCGAUAAAGCAGCACCACAAACUGCAGCCUCCAAAAUGAUGAAACAGUUGAAUCAACACCUCUGAAACAAAAACAACCUUCAUUAAGGGCGAGUUUAUCACAGGGCUGUUGCAUUAGACUGGCUCAUCUGAGUGUAGACUUGCCACUAAAGGUGACACUUCAUUCACCUUUGAGGUUAUUUUAUAAUACUACCAUGCCAGAAUUAGCUUAUUUAUGCAGGUGUUUCACUUUGGCUGUUCCACUGUUUUAGUGUAAAUGUUAAAUAAAGAUGUUAGUCUCACUG